CUAACUGUGGACCCGCCCCCUGUCCUCCCCAGGUUGGGAUGGAUGCAGUGGGACAGCGGCUGGGGCCGGGCUCCGUGCUCUCGGUGCUGGAUAUGCACACGGGCGGUGAGCCGCUCCGGAUCAUCACCGGCGGCUUCCCCCCGCUGCCGGCGGGCGACAUCCUCAGCAAGCGGCGCUAUGUGCGGGAGCGGCUGGACGGCCUGCGGCGGAGGCUGAUGUUCGAGCCCCGCGGCCACAGGGACAUGUACGGCGCGCUGCUGGUGGGCUCCGAGCGGCCGGACGCUCACCUCGGCGUCCUCUUCAUGCACAACCAGGGCUACAGCACCAUGUGCGGGCACGCCGUGCUGGCCCUCGGCCGCUUCGCCCUGGACUACGGCCUGAUCAAAGAGCCCAGCUCCCCCGAAACCCAGGUCAACAUCGACUGCCCUUGCGGCCUGGUCCGGGCUUUCGUGCGAUACGACAAGGGCAAGAGCGGGAGGGUCCGCUUCCACAGCGUCCCCGCAUUCGUAUUCGCUACAGAUGUUACUGUUGAUGUACAAGGAUUUGGGAAGAUUGCAGUGGAUAUUGCAUAUGGAGGUGCUUUUUAUGCAUUUGUGAGCGCAGAUCGUUUUGGUUUAGAUGUUUGUUCCUCCAAGACCCAGGAUCUUGUAAAUGCAGCAGUAUCUGUCACUAAUACUGUGAAAACACAUGUUAAGUUCCAUCACCCUGACAGUGAAGACCUUGCUUUUCUCUAUGGGACUAUAUUAACUGAUGGAAAAGAUGCAUUUUCUGAAGAGCCAACAGCAAAUAUCUGUGUUUUUGCAGAUGCUCAGGUUGACAGAAGUCCUUGUGGCUCAGGUGUGACUGCUCGUAUUGCACUGCAGUACCACAAAGGAUUGAUUCCCCUGAAUCAAAUGAGGACAUUUCAGAGUGGUCCAACGAGUUCACUGUUCACAGCAAAAGCUGUAGAGGAAACUAAAUGUGGUGAUUUCAGAGCUGUUAUAGUGGAAGUAGCAGGACAAGCAUAUUAUGCAGGAACAGCAAAUUUUUACGUGGAAGAUGAUGACGAUCUGAAAGAUGGGUUUCUGCUCCGCUAAGAAAAACAAAUGUUAAUUCUUACCUCUCCGUUCUUCCCAAACGCAAUUCAGCAUUCUUAAUCUGAAUCUCAAUAUCUCAAGGGCAUUGAAUUAUUUUGGUAUAAUUAAGUUUGUCAUGUGUUUAGUAACUGGUUAAUCAUGAGUUAAAUGUACAAUGAGUUUAGAACCAGUUAUGUAUUUCACACUAGAAAUGUUUCAUGCUAAGUAAAUCUAAAGUGAUAUUUCAGUCUGAACAAGGUGCUUAUUCUAUUAAUUGUAUUUAAGUGCAUCAUGCAAUGAAACUCUAUGCAAUGUUAAUUGAGACUGUACAGUGUAAGCAGACAAGCAUGCUGGUCUGCAAAAUAUCUCUAAUGGCUUUAAAUCACAAUAUACUCAUGCUGCUAUUGAAAUUAUUAAUCUGAACCUCAGAAUAUGUAUUGAAAACAUAGACCUGUAAAUCACCUGCCUUCUAGUAUUGCCACAAACAUUUAACUGCUAUAACCUGACAUUUCAAUUAAAUCACUAACAUUUAAUAAUUGUUAACCCAGUAUGCAUAAUUAUAUUUUACUACUAGAUAAAUUAGAUUUCUGUUUUGUAUGAUUUUAAUUUGAUAAGUCUAAGACUGACAAAUCUGCCAAAAUUAGUUAU